AGACGAUGUCAUAUAAGGACCCAGUUGCUGCAGCAGCACAAAGGUACAAACCAAUUCAAUCUGCUGUUCCUGGAACUACCUUGGGGCCAAUUCAGAUUGAUGCUUUCCUAGGAGCGAAAUUAUAUGACACACCUGGAGUUCAUCUCCACCAUAGACAAGCUGCAGUGGUUCAUUCAGAAGAUCUACCUGCACUUGCUCCCAAAAGUCGGCUGAGAGGUCAAUCUUUUCCAAAUGCUCAGUUGGCCUCAGACAAGUCGGUGGCUGAAAAAAUUGGGUCCAGUGGCUUGAAUGGCUUUUCUAUAUUCUGGGGAGGCCUUGUCCGAAUUGAUAUCAUAAAGGUUCUGCCAGAGACUUGUUUGACAUUCUAUGGACCCAAGGCUUUGCAGAUCCAUAUGGUACCCACUGAUAAAGCAGAUGAAUUUUACCAGAAAGAAGUAGGAGUUCUAUUGACACCUCCAACUGGAAAACAAAGGGCAGGUGACUGGAUGGGGCUCGAAACAGAACGCCAGUUGCAAAUAAAAUAUGAAGAUGCUGAGAGGCCUGCCUGUGAUGUUGCUAUAUCAGGUCUUGGAUGGAUUACCGUUGAACCAGUUAACAAAUCACACAGAAUUUCUGAUUCAUCUGUAGAAGAAACUGCCAAAGAGCUACAUUUGGCUGUCCAUGUUCCAAAGCCCGUUGAGAUUUUUGUUCGGCCUCCAAUGCCAGUGGGCAAGACAGGAGGAGAGUUGUAUCAGUAUCGCGAGCUGACAGAGGAGGAAGAGGAAAUUAGACCAAAAUGGUUCUUUUGACGCACUGCCUGUGAAAGUCAUUGUGUACAAUCACUUUGCAUUGGCCAUAUAGGAAGUGCAGAGAGGCAGUGUCAUAUUUAUUAGCAAAGAUGUAGCAGGAAACG